AUGGAAGCGGCUGACUCUGGAGCCAGGCAAAGCCGUCACUCUGCCACCAAUUCAGAACAUCAACUCCACCAUCCACCUCAACCCGAUCAGCCAUAUUCAGAUCAUCGUCGUCAUCACUCCUACUCGCGGGAUAUUCUCGACAGGUCGUCAUAUCGAGAACCUCCCGCCAUGGCAACGGCAACGCUCAUCGCCCCGUCCGCCCAUUAUCCAACGCAACCGCCUUUCUCUAGCUAUUCGCAAUCGAACUCGAGUGCCGCCAGUAUAUCCAACAUGAUUUCUUCUGUUGAACCUCGAAAACAAACAGACGACCAAGAGCCGCCAAAUCGUCAAUCACUUCCGUCCAUCUCGGAAGUCAUUCAGGGCACCAAACCUGGACCAUAUCCUGUCCCACAUGCGCCUGGUCUUCAGUCUGCCUCGAGUCUGCCAUCACCCUUUGCACCAGGUCCUCGAUCUUUCCCUGAACCCGAGAAGCGUUCUUCUCCUCAGCCUCUUCACCCGACAUCAUCUUUUCCUCGACAAGACGGUCUACCUGCGUUCUCGGACUCGCCUCGCCCACACUUCAGCAGUCGCCCAUCACUCCCUCCUGUCUCUGAUCGUCGGCAGAGCCCUCCAGCCAAGCCUGAUCUACCUCCUCAGCAUCACCACCUCGAGCAGAAGCAUCCUGAACCCCAUCACCCUCUUAAUGGCGUUUAUUCGCAUCCUCCUCCGCCGCCUCCCCCGGCACCUGUCGGAUACCAGUCUAGCCAAUUGCCUCCUGGGCAGAUGCCUCUACCCGCGUAUCCUAUCUCUCCAAGACACGCAAUGCCACCGCCCGCCCCUGGGCCAUACGACCCCCGAGCACCUCCACCACACGCAGAGGAGUCUGAAUAUGCUGCCCGAGCUAGGUAUGAAGCAACGGUUGACAGGCACUUCGAGAGCUGGAGCUAUCAAGACUCACUGAGCCGAAUCGGCUCAUCAUCUCGCACCAUCUUCAAUUUUGCCGAAGCGUACAGCAGAAUUGCUCAAGAGCAACACGGCGCUCACCCCAUUCCGGCUAGACUACCUACAGAACGCGAAGUCAGCGAUAUGCUCAGCAACAUUGAGCUUGUCAAACGUUCUUUAGAACAAGUUCGAGACUUGGUACAAACCUCAAUCCAGAACGAGCGGGCUCGAGAAGGAGCCAAGAUGAAGGGUCCUUACGAGGAAGAGCACGAUGUAAACAUGUAUGGCGAUGGAAUGAAGCCACAAUAUGGCAUUACAGAAGUUAAAAAGAGACGCGGAGUAAGUCAGGAUGAUCCAACAGGUGAAGAAAAGAGGCUAACAAAAAUCAGCGUGCUGCUCCCCCAGGACGAUGCCAUAGCUGUAACCGAAUUGAUACUCCGGAAUGGCGACGCGGACCCGACGGAGCUAGGACUCUCUGCAACGCAUGUGGACUACAUUACGCCAAGCUUGAGAGAAAACGACAACUCGAGGCAAGAUCUAUCCGUCCCAAACCUGAAGAAGCCCACCGACAAUGAGCCACGUCACAUAUUGGGGAGAUCGACGAGAGAUAAUUCGAAAUCGACAUGA